CUUUGGUACCCGAAGAAGUUGCUGAAGCUGAUUAUUUUCGAGCAAUAAAAUGAAUUUUAUCUGCCGUAUAAGGGCAUAGGCUAUAAUUAACAAUGCUGUGAGCAAUUGGAGUUUAACCGGAACAGGUGCGCGUUAUCUUUGCGCUAAAUAUACUUAGCGCUGGGAUCUUGGCUAGGAAAACAACAAGUGGUAUAUGGACGCGAAGAGUCGCCAACACAAAAAUUAUCAAAGACUCUGAAGCGGCUGUUUAUAUGGACUACCUUAUUAUAUACAAACUACAAAGGCAUAUAUACAGAAAAUGAUGCAGCAUACAUAAUGAGUCAAUGGGGAAUCAUGGCGGUAAAUGUGAAAAAAGAGAGACCCGCAAACCUUCAAAGGAAGAUCCAAGACUAACAUCAUCAAGUUGUGGGGGUGAUACAUCCAUCUUAAGGCUAACAAAUGAUGACAGUAACCGCAAAUUAGAUGUUGAAUCUGUUAAAUUUCAACAUGUAAUUCCCAAGAAUUUGAAUGAAGAAGACUUAUCCGAGAAAGAAAAUGGAAAGAAACAAUACUCAAUGGAGAAUAUUUCUGAGGAAAUGAGUUCUCUAAACAUGCAAAAAGAAUGUUCAGGACAUAAAAAGAUAUCAAAUGAAAAUGUUGAAAGAAAAAAGGGAGAAACUUCUUCUUGGUGCAACACUGAUGGAUUAUUGUCAGCUUCAAAGGCCAAUUCCCAAGAAUUAAAUACAUUGUUAGAACUUUGCCAAUGUGUAGAUGCUAAGAAUGAAAAAUUACUUAUGACCCUGACAACAAUAACAAAAAUGAUCAGGAAUAAUCGAAACCUGUGUCAAAAUCUCAUCCAAUGCAAUAUUGUGUCAAAAAUGAUGUCUUAUGUGGACAAUUUUGGUUUCAAAAAUAUGGCAAAAGCAUUUGAAAAUGAAGACACAAGAACUGCAAUGACAAAGAGUUGGCCUGUCCUGAAGAAGUUUUUCAUGAUCAUUUGGAUUGCAUGUGACCACAAUGUGAACUUCUGUCAGUAUACACUUGCUUCCGAUGGCUUUUCCUAUUUUGUUUCGAAUUUGAAUUGCUUGAGCAGUCUUAAUUAUGAAUCCGUUGACAUGAGUUUGUUUACUGUGAAGACAGUGCUUGGAAUUCUGCACAAUAUUUCCAGACAUUUACCAAACAGUAAAUGGAGAUUAAGAAAUGAAGGUCUCAUUCAUAUUCUCCAACAAUACUUAAAAAGCCAGGUUCCUAUGGUCAGGAUAAAGACGCUUAUAGUUCUAUCUUAUAUUUUAAGUGAGGCGGAAAACGAACUGAUCAGUUCAGAGGACGAUAAUUUUGAAUUCAUUUUUGAAGUGUUAAGUGAUGCUUUAAAGAAUCCAGAACACAAGUCUGCUAAAUAUGGGAUGAAUGCAGCUGAAAUUCUAAGGGGUGUGAACAAUUUAGCCAUAAAUGAUGAGAACAAGUUGAGAAUGGUUAGGAAUGGAGUAUUGGAGCUGUAUGAAGGCAUUCUGGUGGGCGGAGACAGGGACGAGGUGAAGGUUACCAUAGCAACGCUCUGGAGCCUUAGUUUCCUCCACUACAAUAAAGUGAAGAUGAAAGAAAAAAUGCUCAUCAUGGAAAGGUUGCGGGAAUAUCAGUUUGCUGAUGAGGAGGAGAUCAGCCAUGCUGCCAGGGGUGUGGUUUGGGAGCUAGAAAACGAACACAAGUCGUGUAUUGGCUCCCGGCUAUCUUCAUCCCUCUCGGCUGACCGCGCCCCAAACCAGGCCCACAUCAUGAUCAGCUACCAAUGGGAUUCCCAGCCUGUCAUGCUGCAUGUGAAAGAUCGUCUUAGAGAGGCCGGAUACAAGGUCUGGAUGGAUGUGGAACACAUGAGUGGUUCUACCCUAGAGGCAAUGGCCCUGGCAGUAGAGAAGGCGUCAGUUGUGCUGAUCUGUAUGUCACAAAAGUACAAGGAUAGCCCCAACUGUAGGACAGAAGCUGAGUAUGUGUACCGACUCCGUAAAGACUUCAUCCCGUUGAGACUGCAGCAGGAAUACGUACCUGAUGGCUGGCUGGGCAUCCUGGUUGGUACCCGGCUGUAUUUUGAUGUCUUUAUGGAUUCAUUACUGGACAGACAGGUGCCACGCCUCCUAAGGGAGUUGGGGGACCGGGGCAGGAUCGAGGUGAAUGGAGAUACAACUGAUAAUGCAGUAAGCACACUGAGGAGGCUACAAAGACUGACAUCGAGGGAGGCUGUUCCCCUGCUACACACCUCUCCCACUGCAAAAGAAAUCCCACCAAGAAUGGCCAGCUGGACGACACAGGAAGUAGCCCAAUGGCUCAUCAGUAAUGGACUGGAGAAAUGUGUAGAUAGUUUUGCCGACAUAGAUGGAGAGUGCCUGUUAGAACUAAAGCGACUACAGGAAGUGGCCCCAGAAGGGGUCUUGGCAUUAUUGAGAGGGGACAUGUGCCUCUCCCCCUCCCUUCUGCUUCGAUUGUCUUCCCAUCUCUACAAGAUUCAUCACUGAAGGAAUGUCACUGAAGGCACAUAUGUUAUGUGGAUUCUCUUUUUCAUAAUUCCUUCUUAAGUCCUGUUAAGAAACAGAUUCAAACUUUAUUGGCAACAGGAUGGGGACCCAAAAUAGUUUUUAGCGUUGUGUAGGAGGGGCAUGUGCCUGUCCCCCUUUCUCUUGGUUAGACUUUCAGCCCAGCUUCCCAAGACAUAUAUCUGAAUCUGUGAGCAUUUAUUUGGCAGUUUCGGCAUUUCACAGACAGCAUUCUAGUCUAAAGAUUACUUGUAAUAAUUGUUGUUUAAUCCAGUGUGCAAUAUUCUACAUGAUUUAUGUACGCCUUGUUGUAUUGUUUUACUAAGUUAAUGUGCCAUAUAUAUAUACACUUAUUUUAUUGAAAAGUUGUUAUUGUUGUUUUUUCCAUUUUGUUAGGAAACACAUCUUUAUCAGUCAAUAUAUUUUGCACAUGUACUAUUUUGAUGUUUUUUUCUCAUAUGCAUUUUUGUCUGUGAUCUUUUUACACAUUAUUUGUAAGCACCUUUUUUACAAAUUUUGCACUUAAAAUUCUGAUGAAUUCUGGCGCAAAUAAUUUAGUGAUCUCAUUUUAACAUUCAUGGUUUUAGAUUAGUUUUAGCUUGGUGUUUUUUAUGAAGAAAAAAGUAUUGAAUUGGGAUAGCCUUGGUGUCAGUUUUGUUGUGCAGUGUCAGUGUCAGUUUUGUUGUGCAGUGUCAGUGUCAGUUUUGUUGUGCAGUGUCAGUGUCAGUUUUGUUGUGCAGUGUCGGUUUUGUUCAACCUUCAACUGUUGCCUUAAAUCACUCAAGAUACUUAACUGGAACAUGGUACAUAUUUUGCCAGAAAAAAAAAACAACGUAGAAGUACCACAAGGCUAAUAACUCUAGCUUUAGUAACUGUUGAGUUAUGCCCCUUGUUCCAAUGGGAAACAGACGAGUGUUGUUGUUUUUUCACUCUAUGGCACUCAUGUGUUCUAAUGAAGCGAUGUUAUCUGCAUCCAGUUAUAUCUAGUUUAUUCAUGAAUUGACAUUUUUUGCUGCAGUGAUGAGAGAAUUUUAUUUAUUACAUAUAAUUUGAAUUUGAUUACUGUUUAUUUAAUGACAAUGUAUUUAAUUUUAUGUAUUUUCUGUUGAUGUUGUUGUUGCUGUUAUAUAAAUGUGAUGAAUUUUAAUGAA